AUGAAUGUUGGAAGUAGAAAAACUGUAAACAUGUGCAGAAACUCUCAUCGUGAUGGUAGAGAUGAAAUUGGACAGCAUGCAAGAGUUAUAGCAGUUGAUUUUGCCUGUAAAACGUUACUAUCUAACGCUACAGUAAAACUAGCGUUUCUGAAGCGAAAAAUGGGGGACGUCUUUGAAUAUGUGAUUCGGUGGCGGAUAGGACAGCCGCCUGUUGCUGACUGGAGUAAUCACUGUAAUGGUCGUUUCUCUAUUUCGCUCAAGAAGAAAAAGAUCUUCCAUAUUUUAAAAUUCAAUUGGCUCUAUUAUGGCGACCUUCAGUCAAGAUUUGGCUUGACUCACUCUUCAUUCAUAACGACUUAUGUCUGA